CUACUUCUCUCUCUGCAGGUCAAGCGCAGGGCAAGCGGAUUAGCGACAUGGGUUGUGACGUCAGGGUUUAGGAAGCGUCGCGUUGACUUCAAGCAGAGCAGACGAGCGCUUUCCCCGGACGCGAAAGGACCGAGCCGGCAUGAGUCCACCGACACCGGCCUGAAGGACAAGCACAGCAGAAUGGCCGCGUAUCUGGAGAUAGCUGAUGACAGCAAAGGGCACGAACUGAGUCUUUUCUGUGUGCCGAAACACUACGAGGAGGAUUUGGACAGUGUCGUAAUACCCAAUGGCCUCAUUAAGGACAGGACUGAAAGGUUGGCCAGAGAUAUCGUUCGGGACAUGGGCGGGCAUCAUAUCGUGGCCCUUUGCGUUCUGAAAGGAGGGUACAAGUUCUUUGCGGACCUGAUGGAUUACAUCAAGACGUUGAAUCAAAACAGCGAUAAGUCUGUGCCACUGACUGUGGAUUUCAUCAGGCUAAAGAGCUACUCUAAUGAUCAGUCUACAAACUGUGUGAAGGUUAUCGGUGGAGAUGAAUUAUCUGCCCUUACUGGCAAAAAUGUGCUCAUAGUAGAGGAUAUUGUAGAGACGGGAAAAACUAUGGAAACGCUGCUCAGACUAUUAAACGAAUGUCAUCCUAAAUUGGUGAAAGUUGUCAGUUUGCUUGUGAAAAGGACGCCCAGGAGCUCAGGAUAUCGUCCAGACUAUAUUGGAUUUGAAGUUCCUGACAAGUUCCUGGUGGGAUAUGCUUUAGACUACAAUGAAUAUUUCAGGGAUUUGAGUCAUAUCUGCAUUUUAAGUGACACAGCGAAAGAGAAAUAUAAAGUAUGAUAUGACACCCAAGUGCUGGACGCAUGAAGACAAAGAUCACUGUGAUCAACUUUUUUUGUUUGUUUUGUUAUUGUAAAAUAUUUUUUCUACAUGCCAUCUGAAAUGAAUAAUGGACUCAUGAAACAUGGAUUCCCAAAGAUAAAUGAUCACACUUACAGUGUUGCAGCGAAGGAUGAAUGCGAGAGAAAAUGUCCUGUGUUAUAAUUAGUAAUCUAAUUUUAAUUGUCAUUACUGGUGAAGAUUAUGGGCAGAGUUGCCACUUUUUUUUGAUUGUUUGAACUGAGGCCUUAGAUUAAUUGGUUUUAUGUUGAUUUUAUGUUAACGCAAGGCCAUUUGGCUAAUACAAGUUUGGAUUUAGAGCCCAGAGAUUGCAAAGUUAAUCACUGUUAGCUAGUUAUUGUUAUUUAUUAUAUAUUCUCUAGAUACUGACUCCAGAUUAUAUCCACACACCGAAUGUCAUGAAGGCUUUGGUAUUGGUUUUUGAUCACCACAAUAAAAUUACAC